AUGUCAUUCAGCAGUCUCUGCAAUAUCUGCAGGGACGUGGACUUCCAUGGCCUCUUCACGGGCCGUGAUUACGCCAAUUACCCCAAUGGCUUCAACCCGUACCGGGCAGAUCUCGACUCUCAGAAACAGGUCCCGAGGACAUGGGGGCGUAUCAGAAUGCAUGUGCGAUGCUGUACCUUUUGCAUGUUAACAUUCCAUCAGAUACGGACUUUUCGGAUGAUGACACGCACCUCAAAUCGUCUGAACGUACCCGACCCUUUCCCGGAUGCAAGAGAAAAUGAGAUGGUGAUUACGGCGGUCGAGAUAGGAACAGGCAUGUUUGACGGCGAGUUUACGCAGUGUAUUGGCUUUCAUAACGGUACAUAUCGGCAUCCUAACCAUGGUUCACUCAUGAUUCGUGGUCUUCAGCUGUGUUCUCCAAAGCGCUCUCCUAAAGCGGCUUGGGAGCACGCACGUCAAGUCAAGGAACAAGCCGAAUCUAGUUCGGGACUUGAAGCAAACAAGAAAUUGAACAUAAAAUUUAAGAGUUGUUUUGGCGGGCGACUCGUCGGUGCGGAUAUCGACUUCAAACUCUGUAAAACUUGGCUAGGUCUUUGCAAUGAGCAGCACGAGGAGUGCAGGGAGUACAAACCAGUCGGCACGAUGACUCGGCCAAACAGGCUUAUCGAUGUUCAGAGUAACUGUAUUGUCUCUGGAUCCUCUUCACUCGACGAUUAUGCUGCUUUGAGCUACGUCUGGGGUGGUGGUAUACCUGGUACCCAGCUAACGACUUCCAACGAGCAAGAGCUUCAACAAACAGGGAGUCUCUCCGCACCAGUUUUGUCGUCAAAUCGGUCUGCGCUUCCUGUGGGUCGAUCAAUUGUGCAUCCCCCAAAAGCCGGGCCGGGCUCGGUCGACCCUGAGAUCCACCACAUGGCGUCAAUCUACUCCGGUGCAACUUGUACUUUGGUUGCCUUGAGCGGCACUUCCUUUUGCGACCCUCUUCCGGGAGUCCAGCCGGGCACAAGGCAGCCAGAGACACAACACAAGGCUAGUAUAAGGGGUUUGAGUAUCAUGACAUGCUACCCAUCGCUCUUCACGGAGAUAGAGAGCUCAGUCUGGUUCAGCCGAGGCUGGACAUUUCAAGAGGCGGCCUUCUCAAGACGAAUAUUCUUCUUCAUGACGUCACAGACCUUCUUUCUGUGUCGCGAGACAAUGUACUGUGAAGAAAGUGUCUGGGAAGUACUAGACGGUAGUUCUACGGCAGCUUCAGCAAACACCGAAACGACAGAGGCUGGGAGAGUAAAGGAUCUGAUGCUCCUCCGCUCAAAUGGAUCGUACCCAGAAGGGGGCUAUUACAGGAUUGUCGAAGAGUACACCAAGCGGACUCUGGGUCAUCCUGAGGAUAUACUCAAUGCGUGGGCUGCCGCGGUCCAGUGGAUGGAGGAAGACAAGAAGUGGGGAUCGACAUGCAGUUUUGGUCUUCCCCUGGACCAGUUUGGGUUCGGGCUGGGAUGGCAACCACUUCAUGGCCAUGACCCCCAUCCUGAUCACCAGCGAACUGACUUCCCCAGCUGGAGCUGGUCUAGUUUCCAGGGCCCAGUUGAAUGGUGUAUUGCAAGUCCUUUGGCGUCGCAAAAUCCCAUCCUGGAGUUCAAAACCUCAGCUACUCACAUCACAGUCUCCAAAACGCCCGACGGCAGGAUUGGACUGCCAAACUUUGACAUGAUAGGGAAAGACGGGUAUUCGAUUGGAAGUCUGCAGUGUGAUCCUGGCUGGCGAGCGGAGCAAUCAGAUAAACUAGAGUUUAUCGUCUUUGCCACUGCUAAACUGACGGAUCCAGAGCCUCCUCAGUAUUCGGGAUAUGCUGCCGGUUGUGGAACAAGCCGAUAUAAUGCAAAGAUGAGCGGUCGGUUGUUUUCCGAUCAAUACAGUUAUGAUGCCGCUGUCUCUCGGUGGCAGGAUUUAUGCUCAAAAGAGCGAUUUGUGGUAGAUUUAAUGUGUAUCUCCAGAGAAGAUGACGGCCUCGCCAAGAGGGUUCAGGUUUUCCAUGGAAUAUCCUUGGAUCAGUGGCUGAGCCUAGAUCCCAAGGAAGUGUCAGUCAGACUUGGAUGA